AUGAUUUUUGGAUUCUUCGCUUUGAUACCGACUUUGAUUACAGCAGAAACAACGACGAAUGAAGUAAUCAGAGAUUAUUGUUCUCUUCCUGAUGCAGUCUAUGCAGACGGAGUCUCUGCUGCUGAUUUUGGAGCUACUGGAUGGAAUUAUGCUAACGCUGCUAACUGGGCAGGUAUAUGGCUAUUAAUAAUAUUAGAUUUGGUUGUAACAUGUGGUGGCAGUUUCUAAUCACCGAUCGACAUAGUAACAACUGGAAGUACCUAGGAACCUGUCUAACCUCAAAUUCACUAUAGAAGUAAGGAUGCUAGUGUAGGAUAUGAAGAAGCAAACAGUAAAAUAUUUUAGUAUCCAUUUUUUAGAGCCAUACACCAAAGAAUAUGAAGGUGAGUAUUCAGAAAUCGAAGUUACAGAUGCCUCUGGAUCAGUUAUCCGCUAUUAUGCCAAACAAUUCCACAUCCAUACUCCAUCUGAACAUACAAUCGAUGGAAAGUAUUAUGAUCUGGAAAUCCAUUUUGUCCAUCAAGUAACUUUAUGAUCAUUCUAGGCCAUCUAAGAUGAUGAACAAGACUGCAACACGGUGAAAAACAAACUUACCGUUUUUGGAUUAAUGUUCUAAGAAUCUUCAAGUGCCACCGACUAUGAAGCUUUUAAGCCAUGGUUUGAUUCCAAUGCUACCGGAGAAGUAGACUCCUUCGAUUUGAAGUACUCAUUUUCAACUAUUCCUAGUGAUUUCUUCUCCAAAAUGUCAGAUGCAACAUAUUAUCAUUAUAAUGGAAGUUUAACCACUCUUCCAUGUUCACAAACUGUAAAUUGGGUCGUCUUCCAACAACCAUUGCCAAUUAGCACAGCCUAGCUUAAGCAAUUUUAGGAUUUUCUCUCUGACUCCACCCUCUUCCCGAUCAAACACAACAAUAGACCUAUCCAACACUUAAAUGGUAGAAAGAUAUUGAAAGGAGUAAUUUAUAUUUCAUAAUUAUCAUUAGACUGCAAUCACCGCAGGCGUAACUGAGAUACCAAAUCUAGAAGCAUCAUUUGCUCAGACAGUUGCUAUGGCAAUUCUUCUAGUUAUUUUGAUUUAAUGAGAC